AUGGCCCCAAUUGAGUCUCUCUAUGGUAGGAGGUGUAGAUAUCCUAUAGGAUUGUUUGAGGUGGGUGAAGUUGCUCUCAUAGGUCCGGAAUUGGUGCAUGAGGCAACAAAGAAGAUUCGGCUUAUUAAAAAGAGGUUGAGAAUGGCCCAAAGUUGGAAAAAGUCUUAUGCUGAUGGUAGAAAGAGAGAUCUACAAUUUGAGAAAUUUGUUGGGGAUCCAACAUCCAUAGUUUACUUAGAGGGUUUGGAGGUUAAAGAGAAUCUUGCUUAUGAGGAGGUAUCGGUUGAGAUUUUAGACUGGCAAGUCAAAAAGUUGAGAAACAAGGAUGUUUCCUCUGUGAAGGUGUUACAGAGGAAUCAUUUAGUUGAGGGUGCUAAUUGGGAGGCUGAGGCAGAUAUGAAGUCCUGA